AUGAUCUCGAAAGCAAAGAUAGCACACUCGACACUUUUAGCACGCUUCAUACUGCUAUCUACAGCUCUGUUUAGCCUUGUUUGCGCUCAGCGCAUUCCACGUCGUCCGCCUGGGUUUACUCUGGGUGGCGGCAGCGCUGAUGCAGGUAUCCAGCUCGAGUCAUAUAUUGAUUUGUUAUGUCCGGACAGUAAAUCAGCGUACCCUGGACUGAAGAAGUUGGCAGCACAUUAUGAGACGGAUGAAGUGCGUGUUCGCUUCGUGCUGUUCCCGUUGCCAUACCACCAACACGCCUUCGCUACUGCUGAAGCUACCUUCACUAUCACCAAGGCGUUGGGUGACCGAAGCUUUACCGAUUGGCUGGAAGCGGUCUAUGCUAAUCAGGAAAUUUUCUGGAACAAAGCGACGAAGGACUUGAGCCCCAUACAAGUGAUUGAAAAGCUUAAGGCUCUUGCUCAGAAGACGUUUCCAUCGUUGACUGAUGCGGAGUGGGAGACUCAAAUGACAGGAUAUGGGGGCACUGAUGUGGAUGCCCUUGUCCGUGAAUCGUGGAAGUACACAUGCUCCAGAGGCAAGUCGGGCACACCCAUGUAUACGUUAAAUGGCGUCCCGUUUGAAGCUGCUGCAGACUGGACUUUUGAGCAAUGGCUUGAAGUUGUUGACCCGCUCGUGAAGGCUAACAAGCCUGCUUUGAAUUUGGGAGUUGGGAUCCAGGCGUGGCAAGAUGUUCGCUUGAGUGGAGCUCCUCGUGUUCAUCCUGACCGAAAUGUCAUGCACCUUGUGCGUGCUGGAGAAUGGGCUACUACUGCUCAUGUCUGUACUGCUAGUGGAACACGAGCGUGCGAAUAUGUCUCCGGACGUGUCAUGUGCUGCCAAGCUGAUGAGGCGUGCAUUCUACGAGAAGGUUGUCCUCAAUUACUGAAGACUCACGAAUCCUUGUCGAAGAAAGUGAUGCCUUCGUCGCUGACGUUUGGGUCUUUGUGGCCAUUACCACCCAAGAAAGCACUGCCACGGCACCGUAGCCACAGUAUACGCUCCUUCCUCGCACGUGCUGUGUUUCCGCGUGUCAUGGAGUUCAAAGUCAUUAGCCGUGAGAGCGAGAAGCACGAGUUUAUGCCUGUUGUUUACCUUAUUGACCGCUCGCCUGCUUGGCACCGUCGCGUACCAUAUAUCGUAGAGAGCGCGAUUGUAGAGGAUUACAUUACGCCGUUGGUGGCUGAGAUUCCGGAUGCUGUCAAUACGACAGACAUGACACGUGUUUUGGCCAAUGUACGCGCGGAGAUGGAGCUGCGCGCCAACCUUAUUAACGAAAAGCAUUUGGAUGAUGUCAUUACCGACGAGAUGAAGUACAAAAUGGGAGUAUUUGUGGACUUUGCACCGACCCCGGGAAGUCCAGGCAAAGCGGCGCUUAAUCGAGUCGUCUUUCAGAUUGCCACUGCGUUACGCACCGCUUCAUGUAGCCGCGCACUUGUAGUACCCGUGGCUAUGCAUUACUGCGCAGCUGCUAGCUACUUGGACGUGCGGCGAUACGCAUGUCUUCGUUACGGGGCGCCUGUAUUGCUGGAGGAGCGCGAGGUGGCAAUCUUUGCAGAAGAUCCGACUGAAUUUACACAGCAUUUUAGUGCCAGACUGCGCGCGUCGCUGACGAUGCCUCUGCCGCUGUCAGUAGCUCAGAUUGAGAUGCUGCGGUUGACGCGCACACUGCACGUGUACUGCGCUAAGGUUGCGCGAGACGAUUGUUUUUCUCGAAGACAGCGCGCGUCGAUGAACGAGGAAAUCAUGCAGAUUCACUUUCGAACAUCAAAUCAUCCUGCGAUGCACGAGCUGAAACGCAACAUGAUGGCGUAUUGCGCAACGUUGAAGUACUGGAAGCUCCGUGAUGAGGAUAUUAACUUUGCCAGUGUGUUGCUGGGCGUCGAGGAUCUGCCAAAGCACCCACUGCACUUUGUAUGGCUUCUAGCUGCGGCGUUGCGCUUUAUCUUUAAGCUACCCGGUCGUCUUUUCAUGGCGAGCGCUUGCGAUCUCAUUUACCGCUUUCCUCCGCGUAAACCUGACAACAAUUUACUGCAUUUGGGUGCUGCAGCAGUCAAAGCCGUCCUGGCCUGCCUUACACUUGGUGUGCUCGUUCGCGCUGUCCCUUCAAGCUUACUGGGUUGUUUUUUUGCAUCACUAUUGGCGGCAGUAUUGGCCGUGGAUGCAUCAACUGUGCACAAUGCAGCAGCGGAUGUGCAGCAUCUGACCCAGCACUGGAAGAAGCUUCAGUUCUAUGUCAUGGAUGCCAAUGAGUUGAAUCGAUUGAAAAAGACGCGUGCCGUACUGGCUCGCAGUAUUCACGACAUUGUUGCACGGUAUAUGUGCACUGAUCUCCCCCCACCGGUUUUGCGGGAUACGUCCAAGUCUACUACCUCGCCAACUUCUGCUCUGCUGGAUAAUGACGAGUACACGCUAAACGCGCACCAUCAAAUAUUUAUUAACUCACCGCGCUCAUUCCCGCUGGCUUAUGCCGCAAAGAUGAAAGACCCCGAGAUUGCUUGCCGCGUUGUCUACGCGCCAAAGAUGCUGCGCGAUGAGGCUUGGCGGAAUAUCUACGAGACCUUAGCGCCUGAACACUUGCGGUUCCGUGUUUUAUUAGCUGACACCAAAGGUGACAACCUUCCCAUGGACAAACUCCUUGCUACACCUUUCUUUCGCGCAGUGCUGUCCGCUUAUAUUCUCUACAAAACACGCUGUGUAGACGGUGACAGUUCUACAACAAGCUGUGUUGGUGAUGAUGUUGCCCACUUGAUGACCAAAGAGAUGCAACAGGAACAGGCACUUGUGUACAGUGAGACUGAGGAGCAGAAUGAGAACCGGCACGUCUUUGGAAGCUAUGGCUCUAUUCCGGAAAUUAUUGAUGCGGCUUUACAAAUGGCCACAGGAUGA